CGCCCCGCACCGGAACUUCCGGCCUGCGCCGCCAUCUUGGUGUGUUGACCUUGGGCUACGGCUGGCCGCGGUUGGUGGUCUGGUCUGUGCUGUCAUGUCGUGUUUGACGCCGCUGCUGCUGAAGGGUCUGACGGGCCCGGCCCGGAGGCUCGUCGUGCCGCGUGCCCAGGUGCAUUCCAAGCCACCGCGGGAGCAGCUCGGAACCAUGGAUGUCGUCAUUGGGCUUACCUCCUGCUUCCUGUGUUUCCUUCUGCCAUCGGGCUGGAUCCUGUCACACCUGGAGAACUACAAGAAGCGGGAGUGAAGGGGCUGCCUUCCCUGUAACCUGACCACCCUGCCAGCCCAUCCAGAUCAUGUCUCCUGCAUUCCAGGCCGGCCUUCCUUGGAUCAUGUCAUUUAAUUCCAGUCACCUCUUCUGCAGAUCAUGACCUUUAAUAUCUUCAGGUGACAUCUGGGACCACACACAUCAGCCCUGGUUGGUGGGCCCCCCCCACUGUAACAAUAAAGUCUAUUUAAACUUGGUUCCGGGAA